AAGGAGGACCAUCCAUCACCCUUGUGAAUUUAAAAAAAAAAAUACCCCAAAGCCUCCAGCUAAACACUGCACUAAAUCCAGUCGUCAGACUACAGUGUGUAGCCACUGCAGCCCCUCUCCCUCCGUACAGAAGCGACUCUACCGGUCGGUGUGAUCAGCAGAGAUGGAGUGUGGCGGUGGCGGCAGAGCUAAGCGGGACUUGGUGCUUAUCGUUGUCAUCUUCCUCCAAACUAGUCUCUCUUGGGAACAAGGCACACGUCAAUCAGACCGGCUCCUGUCACAGAGGCUGCGGCAGCUGGAUUCUCAGUUCAGGAAGUUCCAGGAGAGGACGCUGGACCACCUCCAGAGCAUCGCCGACACCUUCAACGUCUCCCAGAGCAUCGACACGCGCUUCAAGACCCUGACCAGGCAGUACGAGGGCCUGGCCAGAGACCUGAAGCUCUUCAAGGCCGCCACGGACGCCGACCUCGACUCACUCAAGGACUGGACCCAGAAGCUGCAGAAGAAGACCAAGAGGCUGGACCUGAGGAUGGGCACCCUGGAGAAGUCGCUCAGGGAGAACAGCCGGGUCACCCAGAGGCAGGCGCAGCAGCAGAGGGAGGAUCUGUCCAAGCUGAGCGACGAGCUCCAGGAGCACGUGGGCCACAUCGACUCGGUCAAGGCCCACCAGGAGGAGGUGCGGGACGGGAUACGCAGCCUGCAGGGGCUCCUGAGGCAGCAGCAGAGCCAGAUGGAGCGCCUGGAGGAGCACAUGAGGGAACGGCCUGCUGCCCCACCGCCCCCAGUGUCAGUGCAGACCAGUGCUGGCCUAAGUCCGGCUCUUGGUCUUGAUCCUGGUUCUUCUUCUUCUCGUACAAGUUCUGGCGCCUUCUCCUCGAGAGGCUCAUCACCCGUGCCCAGGGAGGCUGUCGGGACCAAUCAAACGCCUCGGGUGGCCGCCGCGCAGGUCUCGGAGCGGAACCGAAGACCGUCUCAGACUUCUGAGAGGAACACAAACCAGCAGGGAUCAUCCGAGCGCAUCACCAGACCCCAGCCCAAGGCCUCUAAGCAGCAGGGGGGCGGCAAGGUGAGGAACUACAGCCCCGCCUCCCUGUAUCCUCCUCCCAGGCCCACGGAGGAGGACAGCAGCAGCAGGAGCAGGAAGGCAGGAGAGAGGGACAGGAACAGGCUGAGGAAUAGGGUGCCCGCCCAGUCCAGACACACCGACUUCCUGGGGGAGCACAGAGCGCCGCCCCCUGGUCUGGAGGAAGAAGGAGAGGAGGAUGAGAGCGAGGACACGGAGGAGGGAGAGGAGCUGCCAAUACGGAAUCUCCUACAGCUGCCGCUGAGACACAAGAUUCCGCAGCAUUCUGUCCCCAGAGUGCAAGGCACAAUCUGCAAUGUGGACUCCAUGCUGGUGUUCCCCUCCGCCUCCACCGACAACUACGUGACCUUCACCAAGGGCUUCAGCACCAGCAUCUACGAGCUGAGCAUCUGCACGUGGCUGAAGGUGGGCUCCAGGUACCUGGGCACGCUCUUCUCCUACGCCACCCAGGACAGCGACAACAUGCUGGUGCUGUACGGCCGCAACACCAGCUCCCCGGCCGGCAGCGUCGACUUGGUCAUCGGGGACCCGGCGCACCGCGAGCUGCCCGUGCACGCCAUCCUGGACGACCGCUGGCACCACCUGUGCGUGGUCUGGUCCUCCAUCGAGGGCCGCUUCCAGUACUACAUCGACCGCCGGCUGACGGCCACAGGCUCCAGGUUCCAGAACGGCUACGAGAUUCCGCCGGGAGGCGUUCUGAUCCUGGGGCAAGAGCAGGACUCGGUGGGGGGAGGCUUUGACCCGGCGGAGGCGUUUGUGGGGAAGCUGGCCGGGUUCACCAUGUGGCCGCGCGUGCUGAGCCCCGGGGAGAUCUCCUGGGUGGCCACGGGGAAAGGGACCCCCCGGGGAGCUGCGCUCAGCCUGGACGACGUGGACAUGCUGAGAGGAGCUGUGCGGAGGGUACCGUGUGACUGUCUGGAACACUGUACCUAACACCUAGGUUGCAGAAAAUAAAUAAGUAGCCUAAUAAUACCUAUAAUAAAUGUAUAGUGUGGCGCGGGAUUUAAAAACAAACAAACAAACAAAAACAUUUAAAAAACUAAAUUUCCAUAAGAGUUUUUUCAUUGGGUUGUUGUCACAUCAAAAGUCUGUGUCCACAGUAGAUAUGCAUAAUUGAGGUGACUGUCUGGAACACUGUACCUAACACCAGGUUGCAGUUUGUCAGAAAAUAAAUGAAUAAAUAAAAAUAACUAAUAAUAAAUAAGAAAUGUAGAGCGUGGUGCAGGAUUUAAAAACAAACAAACAAAAAAUAGUUUUCAGUUUUCUAUCACAUCAAUAUCAAGUCCUUGUCCACAGUAGAUAUGACAGUAAUUGAGGUGAGAGAUAUGAGAUAAGAGAAAGAUAUGAACGAUAAAAUCCAGAAGGGGGAAACCCCCGCAAAUCCCAUAUUCCUUAUCAUCAACACCAACUGUCUUGCCUACUGAGUGGAGAUGUGCCCUCUACAGUGGCAGCUCUAUAGAGGAAAUACAAUGAAACAGCGUCCAGUCAUGUGCAGUGAGUGACUCAGCAUCUAGAAUCUUUGACGCUGUGCCAAAUUUCCAUGUUAGUCAUAUUCCUCUGUGGCUUGCAACUGUUCUUUUUUUAACCGCACAAACGAUGAGAUGGCCAUUGUUUAUCUUCAAAAAGCCUCAAAUGAUAUCAGAUGAGCCUUCAAAAGCCUGACUUGAUAUGGACUGAGAACACUAACUACUACUGCCUGUAUUUCAAUUUCAACUUUGUGGAGCAGAUGCGCAUUUUGUGUGUGUGUGUGUGCAGGGAAGCCACCAGGGGGGGACAAACAUGUCACUUGUCCCGGGCCCUGGGACCGAGGGGCCCCAGAA